UGUUCUGGAAUGGCAGUUUUUCAGUCAGAAAACUAUGCUAUGGCCGGUGCUAUGGCCGGUUCUCCUGCCGGUUCCUCCAGCAGCACCGCUGAAGCACACGAAGGAGAAGAAACUGUUGAUUUCUCACAGGACCCCUUCUUCUUCUGCCCAUUGGCUGUAAUGAAGACUGAUGACAUUGUUGAUAAAUCGUCUUUUAAACCCAAGAGCCCAAAGACUCAACUGGACCCAUUUGCCGUUUUGGAGGACCAAGAGAGGGAAUAUUCCAGCAUCAACAACACACGGUCAAACCAAGAGAAGGAAUAUGUCGGCGUUGACACACUUCUAAACCAAGUCCAUCGUAAUUCAUUGAAAAGUGGAUUUGAGUUCAAUCUUAUGGUUGUUGGUGAAUCUGGUCUCGGCAAAUCCACACUUGUUAACAGCCUUUUCCUCACAAACCUCUACAUGGACAGGCACGUGUAUGACGUCUCAGAGAAGAUAACACAGACGGUAUCAAUAACAAAGACUGCUGUUGAAAUUGUGGAAAACGAAGUAAAGCUGAAGCUCAAUAUUGUCGACACCCCUGGUUUCGGAGACGCCCUAAAUAACAGUAAAAGCUGGCAGGCUGCGGUGGAUUAUGUAGAUCAGCAGCUGGAGAAGUACCGUAGAGAUGAAUUCGGGCUAAACCGCAAGAACAUGAGGGACAACAGAGUGCACUGCUGUCUGUACUUCAUCUCACCUCAUGGACAUGGACUUAGGCCAAUUGAUGUGAGCUUUAUGAUGGCCCUGCAUGAGAAGGUCAACAUCGUGCCUGUGCUGGCCAAAGCAGACAGUUUGACCCCAACAGAGAUCCAAGACAUUAAAACUCAAGUAAGAACUGAAAUUAACAAAUACAACAUCCACGUCUUCCAGUCCCCAGAAUCUAAUCUGGAUAGUAAUGAUGUUCUCGGGAUGCAGGACCUAAAGGAAAUGAUCCCCUUUGCUGUCAUUGGCAGUAAUACAGUAGUAGAGAGCAACGGCAGGAGAGUGCGAGCCCGUGUCUACCCAUGGGGUGUUGUUGAAGUCGAGAAUCCAUCUCACAGCGAUUUUGUGCAUCUGAGGAACAUGCUGAUCCGCACACACAUGCAGCACCUGAAAGAUGUGACGCACCAGAAGCUGUAUGAGAACUAUCGUAUAAAUUACCUGUGCAACAACCCUCAUCUGGUGAACGAGUGAUGGUGUAACAGAGAAGGACAACAGGGGACUUGCUUAUUAAAAAAGAAAAAAAUGAAUGAUAACACAAUAAAUAGGCUUACUAUAAAUGAACUAAACAUAAAAUUACAAUUUAGGGCAGAAGGUCUGAAAACAAUUCUUACAUUGGGUGAUUGUUUUCAGGGGGGGCAGGUUUUUUAUGACCCCACUUUGUUAAUGGUUUGAGGUACAUACUUUGCUUUAGGGUGUGUCAACAACAUGUUGAAUAAUACAAUUGUUGUAUGUUUGUACAUUUUGAAUGAAUUGUACAUGCAGUGAGCAGGACAUGAUUAAUAAAUAAUACAACAUAACAAUAUAUAAAACAAGUUACAUGUUAAAAUAUACGAAAUAGCCCACUUAAAAACAAAAUAAAACACCUUAGUAAAAUAAUACAAAGUUCACACCUUACAAGACAUUUCUGAAACAAGUUGAACUCCAAGCAGGUGACAAAUCCAAUCCGAGCAACUUUUUCUUUUGUAGAAUUUUCUUUGUUAUUUCUAAAUUCUUUCUAUUUAAUGUCAUUAAUGGAGAAAUAAAUAAGAUAUUAAGGAAAUCUCA